CGCGCGCUGCGAAAUUUGUGAUCGUUGAGCAGUCCCGACUGGUUGCUUUCCCGCCGCUCACCGCAUUUCUAAAGGAGGCUCUUGUCGAUUUGCUUCGACAAUGCUGGACACGCUUGUCGCCAUUCGGACUUCACCUUAAGGGAGCCAGUUGCAAUUGUCGGUCGUCCAGAAGUGGCAAUCCCAUCUCCAAUUCUUCCGCUGACAUCCUAUCCCAAACUGGUGACUCAUAGAUCAACCAGCCCAGCUAGUGGGUUUGAAACGCGCAGCAACAGGCGGAGUUUCAGAGUGCAGUGGUGUAGAAGUAUACUGGCGAUGCCACUCGUUUGAGUCUUGAGCCUGUUGUAAGGCUUUCGAACGGGUUGCCAGUUAUUGCUACUCUCGAAGAAUCGCGUCCAUUGUCAUUUGGACCUGGCGCAAGUGGGUUUGUGAUAACGAGUAUGCUGUUUCCACCCAUGCGUGCCUGUGUCACUUGUGCAUGUUUAAAACAUGUAUGUGGCUUGAAACUAUGGCUUGGCCCUCGCCACUGGAAAGAGAAUAUGUUAUUUUGUUCUUAAGGUGCACUGCAUCUGGAACUUGUGGGGGGUGCUUCUAUGCGUGGUCACAUCUCCACUCCAGUCCUGCAAUGCGAACCCGACAAUCAAGGGCUGGGAAUGCCAUUGACAUGAGUUUACAACAAUGCUGACGUUGUGAUCCGAACUUUUCUGCUAAAUCUCUGUCGUGGUGCUGAAGAGUUUGCCAUUCCAUUCAAGCAGGUCUUGCGAGAUAUCGAAAGGAUACGAGGAUCCAGUUCAAGUUUUUGUAGGGAGAACCAUUUAGAGCAGUGUCUUCGCCGCCAUUAUCUAGUAGGAGCAAUUAUUUCAAGGCUCUAAGACCGCUGCACUCUUUCUUCUGUUUGACGGGAAUAAAUGGAUAACAGAAAAAAUUUAGUCGCCGGAACGUAAGCUGGUCCGUGUUUCUAGUGCGACAGAUUCGAUUGCUUAGCAAUGAACUGGAACGCUGCGAUUUGCGCUACAGUCUUUGCUAUGGAUAUGGUGCCACGCUGGUUGGACUACAAUGUGGACAAUGCAUGGUGCGUGGGUGAACAUCUCAAGGAGGAGAAUAGAGAUCACAUCAUAUAUGCAAAUGACCAGAAAAACUUGACCAAACCCUAGAUUUCUGUGAGGAGUUUUCUGAUGUCUUGUGAGCUUCUCUCGACGGCAGGUAUUACCAAGAUGACAAGAAACUGAAGCAUCGCUUUUGGGACUGUAUCCUGGACCAAGAUGGGUCGUGGUCAACAAACGAUCAGCGGCGAUGUUGAGAUGUUGGCGGGGAGUUCCCCUAGGAGGGAUUUUCUGAGAAUGGACAAAAGGAAACUACUAACUGUAGCCCUGUGUGUCUCCUUCCUCACUCUUGUGGUAGUAUCUUACAACAUGUGCUUUGAGACUCCUGCUACCUCAACGGAAGCCAUGGUUUUUCUUCAGGAAAAGCCCUUCCCGAAUUCACUCGAGGAAGGUACAAAUACCUCUUCAUUCAACAGUGACACAAACGGAAGUGAUUUCCAGGUGCAAUCGAAUGUGGAAGGCACUAAGAACCUCACAGACACGGAUAAUCCUGUUACAGGUCCAACAGAAGCUAGCGCAGAAGCUGAUGCAUUGGUGAAGGAUACGGACGCGAGUGAGCAGGAGGAAACAAAAGAAGGAGAUUCUGAGACCACCACAGACAGCUCGAGUUCAAUUUCUGUAGAAUCCAGUCCUCAAGUGGAUGCAACGGUUGAACCACCGACAGAGAUUGAGAGCCCAAACUUCUUGACUGGUUCACCUGUCGGGAAUGAUACCUCGAAGCAGAAUGAAGAUGAUCUUUCAGACACGGAACGGUCUGAGUCGAGUGUUAUUGCAAUGGAGGGUCCGCAGCUCACUAAUAUCACAAGCCCAGAGAACCCAGGGGCCUGUGAUUUGUUUGAAGGCAGUUGGGUACCAGACACACGUCCUCCCCAAUAUACCAACUCCACCUGCAAGUUCAUUCAAGGGCACCAGGAUUGCAUGAAAAAUGGACGGCCAGACACGGGGUACCUACACUGGAAGUGGCAACCAUACAAAUGUGACUUACCUAGAAUUGACGCCCGAGCUUUCUUAAGCACCAUGCGUGGUCGCUCUGUUGUUUUCGCAGGAGAUUCCAUUUCUCGCAACCAGUUUCAAUCUCUUCUUUGUAUUCUGUCACAGGCUGAGAUGCCGUUUCUGAAGUACCAAUCACCAGACGAUAAAAAUGUUGCCUAUGUCUUUCCCUCAACGAACUUCACUUUCACAAUCCGCUGGUCUCCAUAUCUUGUGCAUGUGGAAGAAAAGCAGGUCACACGUUCGGACAACGAAACAAUAACUGUGCCCUACAUUCACAUCGAUGAACUCGAUAAAAGUUGGGCUGACUAUGCACCCGGCGCUGACAUUCUGCAAUUAUCCACCGGUCAAUGGUGGUUUAAGCCGGGCCUGUUCCUGCAAGGCGGUCAACCCAUAGGUGGUCACACAUGUGAUGGAUGGGAAACUGAAUGCAAGGAGAUUGGCUUCUCUGACGCUUACCGCACGGCCAUACGUAACGUCUUGCAGGGUAUUCUAUCGAUACCUGGAUUCACUGGCUCCGUUGUGUUCCGAUCCUUUUCUCCUGACCACUUUGAGAACGGAAGGUGGGAUAACGGUGGCGAAUGCGUGCGCACUACACCCGGAGGGGUGGCCAUGCACUACGUAACCAAGUGGAUGCUUGACAUUCAAAAGGAAGCAUUUAAGAACGUUACAGGUACUUUAAAUGCGGCUGACAAGCUCCGAAUUAAGAUGUUGAAUGUCACGAACAUUGCUCAAUUUCGAGCCGACGCUCACCCAAACGUGUACAGGACGUUUCAACCUUACUCAAAAGAGCACCAGGGAUUCGUCCAGAAGGAUUGCCUGCACUGGUGCCUUCCAGGUUCCAUCGACACAUGGAACGAUCUCCUCGUGCAAUCGUUGCAAGAUGUAAUACAUCGCUGAUGGAAUUCUUCGCCACCACCAGGUUUUUACUCCACUUCUCUGUGUUAUCCAUUCCGAUUGCAGGAAACCUGCUAAAUCCGGCACACCGAACCAUCCAAAGGGAGACCAUAUCGACAAAUGGGCGAGUUGACACUCUUUGAAAGUGCAUGAUGCGUAAGCAAUUCUGCAGACGUUGAAACCUAGAGGGAAGUUGGGUGAUGAAGAUUGCCCACCUCCAAUAGAGAAGCGAGUCCUCGUAGUUUAGAAAGGCACUUAAAGCCUCAUUUGGAUAUUCUGAUAGAAUGUAGUCAUUGUACAAUUUCUACGGCAAAGCUGCAGCGCCGAGCGUGCCGAGAUUGCUCUGUUGUGCAAAGCCUUGAGUCUUACGCCGUCUUCACGAUUCAUGGUUUGUAACGCACAAUUUGCUUGAUUGUGAUCAACACAAAAUGAGAUAGACUGGAUUAUAUGAAGACAACUCUAGGAUGUGAAUGAACUCGUGAAUAGGUGGAUUUAUUCUUCAAAGUUUGGUAACUUCUUCACAUCCAAGUGUCGAUCCAUAUGUGUAGAAUAUCAACACCGUGUGUAUCUUAAUGAAGUGAAUGUAUUUUUUCACUUUCGUA